AUGAUCUGCAGCUGGGUCAAUUAGCAAGUAGCUCCAACAGCUUAAAAGCCAGCUGGAGCUCAGGCAGCCCUGAUUAAACAUGGAGACAAUGGAGAAAGUGUUUGUGGUCAAAGAUAUGAAAAGCUUUGAGAGCUCAUCUCCAUCAGAGCUUGACAGGAAGUUUUAUGGGGAACAGAGUCUGCUGUCUGCACUGUCAGUGGAACAACUGUCCACAUCGAGGGUGUUGAAUGACACGACAGCUGAUGGAUUGGACACCAGGCCGUCUGUUGGAGCCUCUCUCUGCCUGUCCUCUGACACCGCCUCCCCCUAUUCAGGGUUUUCAGUGAACACCAUGAACACUCAUGAAGCUGACGGCUGCUACCUGGCCGUCCCAUUACUGGGGAAGUCCUCCACUCCCCACAUGUUCCUUCAGAAGCCAAAGCAGCCAGCUUGUUUUGAUCAGUCAUACAACGAUCUCACCGCCUCGCAAAUGUCAUGGGACGUGUCUGUGAUCAAGUCGGAGAGCAAUAGCCCCAGAUUCUACGUGGAGUCCUGCACUCUGGAGCAAACGUGGAGUCCAAAACCCUCACAACAAGAGUCACUAGCUGAUGUUUCGCCCUGAUGUGGCUAAAAUUAACACUUUACAAGGGAAAAGUUAGCUGUCAAGUGUGAUGUGCACUCCCAGCCUCUUCACACACUAUGUCCAAGUUGCCCCCACCCUCAAAUCUGUAGUUUGACAUCAUGUUCUGUUUUUAAGGGAUCCAUGUGAGGACUGCUGCAGAACAGUUUGCCUUUUUAAUAAUCAUAUCAAUGUUUUAACUACAAAAAUAUUUUCAAAGCACUGUUAAAUAAAGGGUAUAGAACUUUA